CGAACUAGGAGGAAGUAUAUAGUGAAGUGCUACAGCCACAGUUUUGCUGUUGGAUUCUAGACACAGGUGCCCAAGUCAGUGUGACCGCCAGUGGGUGAAAACCUACCUCCCUACGUCCAGUAGAUAAAAGAAAGCUCUCAGUGCAAAACAUAUUUCAAUUCAAUGCAGUAGGCUACGGCUUUCGCUUUCUUCACAUCCGAAGUUCCGUGGAAUCAAGUGUAGAAGACGGACACCACAUCUUCGGGGAUUCGUUGCAAAACUAAUGUCAGUCGGUUAGACUGUGGGAAUUAUUUCUUAAUGCCUGCAUCUGAUUAACCAUAGUCACAGAACAACAUUUGAGUUGAAGAUAAAAUUGUUGGUGAUUGACAACCCCUCAUAGGGUGAAUUCAGGUUGUUAGCUGCUUAUCGUAUCUGUCACGUCUGAAAAGAUGAAGAUUUUAAACAAGGCUGAAUUACAGCAAGCAGAAAAGGUCCUGCACUCACACUUACCAAAAAGUAUCAAGGUUUAUGGAUUUCUCUUUGCGAUGAAUAGAGACAAACCACAUACACUAGAGGUUGUUGUGGACUCCUGGCCUGAUUUUAAAACCAUCAUUUUUCGACCGCACCCACAGAGUGCACUGCUUUAUAAAAAAGUGACUUUAUUCAGUACUGAUGAGAAGAUUCUGAAGAGAAUGUUGACAGAAGACAACUGCUUGGACUGGAAUCAAUACUUCAAAAUUGGGGGGAUGGACAUCCAUCAUGCCACCAUGUUGAAGGCCAUCUCUGAUGCAAAAGGAGUCACAUUCAGACAGUGUUUUGUUGUUCAUCUCCUGGAAUUACGAGACCCAAGUCUCCUUCCUCAGCUGACAGUGAGCAGAGAUGUGGAGGCCAGGAUCUCCUCCCUGAAUGAAUCCCAUGUCGGGUUGUUGAAUGAAACCUGGAAACUUGGAGGUGAUAAAAAAGGUUUUCAACUAAUCAAACAUCUGAUAAGCCACUUCCCCACAUGUUGCAUCACUGAUGAAGAAGGCCGUCCAGUUUCCUGGGUGCUGCUGUAUGAUUUCUGUGCCAUGGGGAUGCUGUACACCCUGCCAGAGCACAGGGGGAAGGGCUAUGCCAAGAUCCUGGUGAGCACCAUGGCAGCAAGGCUCCAUGCCCAGGGUUACCCUGUGUACUGCUACAUCGAGGAGGAGAACCAGGUCUCCUACAGGCUCUUUAAGAAACUGGGCUUUACUGAGGACCCCUCCUACAGGACUGCCUGGCCAGAAAUCUGACAGCCACCACCACACAGGGUGUUCCUCAAAGUUCCGUCCUUGGCCCCCUCCUCUUCACCAUCUACAUUUUACCACUUGGACAAAUCAUCUGCCACUUCAACCUGGAUUUUCACUUCUACAAUGACGAUACCCCCAAUCUACAUCAGCUCCAAAACCCACCAUCAUCCCACAUUGAAACCUGCAUCUCCGCAAUCAACCUGGAUGAAACACAACUUCCUCAAACGAAAUGGCAACAAAACCAAAGUCUGUUGCUGAUUGAUUCAAAAUCCACAAUGAAUCUGCCCAAAUAUCAUUAAUCAUUGAGGACACAGUUGUCUCCCCCAUACCCCUGAAAACUGAAAAUAAAUCAUUUCCCAUAAUCUAAUGGCAGUGCAGAAAUCGCUGACUGGGAGUGGAGGUCUUUGGUUUAUGUUUGAAGAUAAGACUAUCUUCUGCUGAGAAAUGCUACACAGUAUAAUUUCAAUGUUAUGCCAAUAGCCUACCAAGCUGGUUUCACAGUGUUUUGGUAUCCUGCAAUAAUCUAAAAUCUUCACUGUCUCCACAUGAAUACAGUCUAUAGAAUUAUGCCACAGUUUUUACAGGCCUUUGAUCUACAGGCUAACAGAUGUUCUUAUACUGACUGGCUUGUUCAAGUGCAUUUGUAGGACCUGCAAGAAUGUCUGUUGAAACAUAUUUUAAGAGCAAGAUUAUUGCAUUCAAAUACUGCAUUUGCAGUACUUAUUUUGACCAAGAGGAGGCAGUGCAGACCAGGUGUUGGCAUUAGUUAUAUCAGUGACCUGACUGGGGAAGUAGGUGAGACGAAGACGCUUGAUUUAGUUUAGUUUUAUAGGCAGGGAACAGGAAAAGUCAGUCUAGAGAAAGACAUUUUUAAAAGAAAUGUGGAUCAAGGUUAUGGAUAACCACACCUCUGGGGACCAUUAGUUUGAAUUGUUGGAAGUCUUUUUGGCUCCUUUCCCUAGGUGCUAACCAACAUCAAAAAUAUUUGGCAGAUUUAGCACAUACAUACAGGCCACGGGUAACUAUAAAAUGGGAAUGUAUGUUUCUAGGAUUGUCUCCCUCAUCAUGCCCGCUGACUGUAUUUUUAACAAACAGUAACUAGAACAAGAAUACAUCAGGACAAAAUACAACACAGAAACAGUGGCUUUGCUGCUGAUAGGCCUACUCAGCAAUGGAAUCGUGACUAGACGUGAGCAAUUAAUCCAUCCACGAGCUCCCAUUUCAAGUUACAUUUCAUAUCACAGUGAGAUUGCCU